AUGUCACGCUCCUCCCCCUUUCCCAUUCCCAAUGGGUCGCAGGAGGACAGCUUGCGAUGUAUGUGCUUCCAUCAAGGCGCUCUGCCGGGGACAGACCCCAUGCAGUCGAUGCAUUCGGCUCGGUUUAUCCUGCAGCCUUGCACCACAGGCAGACGGAGACGUCGACUUGAGUCCAGUAACAACCCGGCCACCACCCCCGAAGCAAAGGACGCGCACAAGACACACACGCAGUGGCCGAGGUUGCGCUUCAUGUCGCACUUUAACGUUACGGCUGCCAUUCCACAGAGGCCUCCUCGCGGAUCACCUGCACCUUCUCUUCCAGCCUGGGUCGCUCUCAUCGACGAGGAGCAGACGGCCGAACAUUCUACGGCCAACAAUCUGGCCAAAAGCAGUGCGCUAGAUGUCUCCCCAGCGACCUACGGCCUACGCAAUGGCUGUACGAGCGAUACCAUACUACACGCCAUUGCCGGCAUAUCCCCGGAAGAGUUGACGCAAUGGACAGUAGGCGAGAGACACCUUCUCGGUCACUUCCUCCAGUCGGUCGCAAGGGCGCUCAGCGUUGUCGAUGACGAAUCUAACCCCUUCAUGAACACCAUCGCGCCCAUGUCGACAACGCGCCCUGAGGUACGACACGCACUUCUUGCACUCUCGGCGGCCCACAUAUCUAAGACGUACCCUGAGUUCGUCACAGAUUUGCUUGAUCAUCGGAGCCGAGCUAUGCUAGGAUUGAAAGCGAUACUCCCGACUACCACUUCCACCGUCUAUGCGCUUGCAACCGUACUUCUGCUAUGCCUGGCCGACCUCUGUGAAGGCGGGUCGCGAAAAUGGCUGCUUCAUUUGCAUGGUGCGCGAGCUCUGUUAGAAACAUCUACGGCAACAUCAGAACGACCGAUGCAGUUCCUAAUAGUACUGUAUAACUAUCUGUGUUGUGUAACCAGGGUCACCCAACCAAACUCGCCCGCCCCCCUAAGCAGUUCUCUUGUCUCGCACUAUAUGGACCCUAUUUACGGCUUAUCGAUGGAGCUCUACGACUACCUGGAGCGGAUCAAUGGCCUCGCAAUUGCAAAGGCGCACAAUGAAGCGGCGAACAUGGCCAGCCUCGAAGCGAAGGCAAUCACGAUGGAUGAGAGCCUGCGCACCUGGUCGCCACCGGUACCACCCUCUUCCCCAGAACAUGCAACUGCAGCAAAGGCUGCCGCCACCGCAAUGAGAUGGGCCGUACGCAUCCGUUUGCAUCAGACCGUACCAGGACUGAGCAGCCCGGACUACGAUGAUCAAACGGCAGUUCAUCAAAUCUUGUCUGCGCUCUCACUCGUACGGAUUGGGUCUGAUGAGGAAGCGCGCUUAUUGCUUCCGCUUUUCAUGGCCGGCUUGGCUGCUGGGACUAAAGCAGACCGGCUGACCAUCGAAUACAGAAUCAACAACCUAGAACUAGUUCGAGGCUUUGCAAAUAUAUCAGUGGUCCACCGGCUUCUGCAAGACUACUGGCACAGAGCGAAUUGCGGCCAGGAAACAAGUUGGGAGGAACUCAUGAGAGACGGUUGUCCGGGACUUGUGCUUGCGUGA